AUGACUUUCGCAAGGAUCCAUGCUGGGGACACUAAUGUAAUUACUUUUAUUGUAAAUUACAUUGUCAACGAACAGAAACCAACCUUUUUAAUAUUCAGUAAUUCAUGUUGGACUGCACAACAAAAAGUAAAAUUAACAAUCGACUUAUCAAACGCUGGAUUCAGAUCGUCUGGAACAGCAGUUCUACCAACGGAUCAUAUUUACCAUCAUUUAUUGUUUCUUGUUGAUUUUGAAUGUCCUAAUGCUACAGAAGUUAUUUAUGAUGCUAUUUCUAGGAAGUUGUUUGCAUCACCGUUUCGUUGGCUGAUGCUAACAAGUUCUAUUAACAAAGAAGUUUUGUCACUAGUCUUGAAUAGUCCUAUAUUGGCGGACAGUGAUGUUGUGUUGUCGGAAAAACUCGGAGAAGUAUACAAAUUGACAGAAAGUAAGUAA